AUGCUUGCCAUUUCUUCUCCUAUGUUUUCUACUAAUUAUAAUAAUUUUGGUUGGCUUUUGGAAGAUCCAAUUAGCCAACAAAUUAACAUUAAUCCCAUGGAACCUCUUCAUUCAUCAUCAUCAUCACAAAAAAACCUUCAACACUCUGAUUCAACUAAAUUUGAUCAGAUUACUAUCAACGGUGGUGAUCAUCAUCAACCUGAUCAGACGGUGAAGAAGCUUAAUCAUAACGCAAGUGAACGUGAUCGUAGAAAGAAAAUCAACGGCUUAUAUUCUUCUCUUCGUUCUUUACUUCCUCCUUCUGAUCAUACGAAAAAGUUAAGUAUUCCAUCAACAAUAUCAAAAAUUCUAAAGUACAUACCAGAGUUACAAAGUGAAGUGGAAAGAUUGGUUCAAAAGAAAGAAGAAUUUACAUCAACAACUAUUUCCAAUAAGGAAAAUUUAGGUGAUUUUAACAAGCAAAAAAGAAGAAGUGGAGGAAUUGAAAAUUCUUCAUUAGUAAUUUCAACAAGUAAAUUAGGUGACAAAGAAAUAGUGUUUCAAAUAUCAACUUUGAAGAUCAAUAAAGGUUCAAUUGGUGAGGCUAUUUCACAAUUAGAAGAUGAAGGACUUGUUCUACUAAAUGCAACUUCUUUUGAGACUUUUGAAGAUAGAGUAUUCUAUACCUUGCAUUUUCAGGUUGAAGGAAGUAUGGUGGCUGAUGUUGACAUGUUAAGAGACAAACUCUCAUAUUAUUUUGAGAAGGAAGACAACAAAACUGCUAAAGCAUCUUGUUUCGUAAGUCCAAAAAUGUUAGCCAUUUCUUCUUCUACUUCUCCUUUAUUUUCUACUGCUACUAAUAAUAAUUUUGGUUGGCUUUUGGAAGAUCUUAUAAGCCAUGAAUUAACAAAUAGUGGAGAAACUUCAAAUUCAUCUCAUAAUAAGAGCCUUCAACAUUGUGAUUCAAAUAAAUUUGAUCAAAUUAUUAUCAACGGUGGUGAUCAUCAUCAACCUGAUCAGACGGUGAAGAAGCUUAAUCAUAACGCAAGUGAACGUGAUCGGAGAAAGAAAAUCAACGGCUUAUAUUCUUCUCUUCGUUCUUUGCUUCCUCCUUCUGAUCAUACGAAAAAGCUAAGCAUUCCAUCAACAAUAUCAAGAAUUCUAAAGUACAUACCAGAGUUACAAAGUGAAGUGGAAAGAUUGGUUCAAAAGAAAGAAAAAUUAUCAACAACUAUUUUCAAUAGACAAAAUUUAGGUGAUUUUACCAAACAAAAAAGAAUAAAAGGAGGAAUUGAGAAUUCUUCAUUUGUUAUUUCAGCAAGUGAAUUAGGUGAUAAAGAAAUUGUGAUUCAAAUAUCAACUUUGAAGAUCAAUAAAGGUUCAAUUAGUGAGGCUAUUUCACAAUUAGAAGAUGAAGGACUUGUUCUACUAAAUGCAACUUCUUUUGAAACUUUUGAAGAUAGAGUAUUCUACACCUUGCAUUUUCAGGUUGAAGGAAGUAUGGUAGUUGAGGUUGACAUGUUAAGAGACAAGCUAUCAUCAUAUUUUGAGAAUGAAGAAAACUUAUUACGACAAUGAAUUUCUAGUUU